AUGUACAAACUGCACCCCCACUCGGUGCUCCGUGGCACUGGCGGCUACAACAGUCGCCAUUUGCAGCAGGCGUUGAAAAAGAACAGAUCUUUUUUCACCACGCAAAACAUCUUGCAGAAGCCGCAGGAUGCCGUGCCCCAGGUCAACGGAAAGAAACUUACACCACAAGAGGCCAAGCUCGAGGCAGCAAAACUCGCCAUGAGCUCGCUCAAAGAAGUGGGGUCGCUUUUCUCCUCGGGUAACGAUGAUGCCGUGCAGCCCAUCGACUCGAGCCCUGUGUUCGAGAACCCGUAUGUAUUUGGGACCUUGAAUGUGGUCCACCAGGGCCAGGUGGCCAAGGAACUCCAGGAGAAAUUUGACGGGAAGUGGUCCAAGUUGACCGACAAGGACAAAAGGCUAGGGUACUACAUAGCGUAUGGAAACUGGGGCGUGCGGGAGAACUUCCACCAGUGGAACUCGCCGGACGCACCGUGGGAUUUGCCCUUCACAGUGCCCUCCAAAAUCCGAACGGCCAGCCCCAGCCCCGGCGACAAAAUCCACAAGCUAGAGCCCGUGUACCUCGCAGAGACCGAGGUCAGAAAGUCGCAGUUCGACACCAAGAAAACGGACCCGGUGACGAAGACGUUCAUCUACAUCACUGCGUUUGUCAUUGUUUUUGCGUUGGCAAGAGACAAGAAGGUGGGAGAGGAGGGCAAGCCCGUGGAGUAUAUUUCCGUUGACCAGUAUGCCAAGCAAAGGGAGGACGAAAAGCGGGAGCUCCAGCUCAAGCAGGACGCGGAGAAGGAGGCCGCGUUGGCCAAGGCUAGGGCCCGCAAAUGGUACUAUCUCUGGUUGAAGUGA